AAUCAAAAAACGGACUAAGAUGGCCCGCCAGAACGACGAUGAGCUCGAGAUGAACUGGGCCGCGGAAGACGUGGCCGUCGCCAGCGACGCCUCCGACGUCGAGGUCGAAGACGACGAUGAUGGCGGCGACGACGACGCGGCCGUCGAAGAGACCAAGCAGCCGGAAUCCAAGAAGCGCAAGGCCGAGGCCGAGCCGGCGGCCAAGGAGCCCAAGAAGCCCAAGGCCCAGAAGCCCAAGAAGGCGCUGCACAACCUGACGCAGGCCGACCACUUCAAGAUCGUCAACGAUGUGUACAUGAAGCACUAUGGCGACAGCCUCACGCCGGCUGAAAUCGCCGACGGCCUCACGGAGAGCCACUUUACGGUGCUCAAGCAGUUUGGCAAGCACACGCUCGAGAGCUACACGCGCUUCCUCCGCGCGCUCUGCCCCGAGUGGAAGUUCCUCUUCCGCGGCAAGGGCAUCAAGGACAAGCGCAGCCCGCUGCUCCUCAUCGUCUGCUCGUCCGCGCUGCGAGCGGUCGAGAUUGGCAAGGCCAUUGCGAGCUUCAAGUGCCACGUCGCCAAGCUCUUUGCCAAGCAUUUGAAGCUCGAGGAGCAGGUCGAAAUGCUCAAGCGCUUCCACCCGAUCGCGAUCGGGACGCCCGGCCGGAUAAAGACGCUCUUGGAGAUGAAGGCGCUCUCGCUCGAAUGCACGUCGCACGUCGUGCUCGACAUGCACCUGGACUCGAAGAACAUGUCGUUGCUCGAGCUCAAGGAUACGUCCAAGGACACGAUCGACUGCAUUCGCGAGUCGCUCCUCCCGCGCAUUGCCGCCAACAAGCUCUCGGUCGCGCUGUACUGAGCGGACCCUAACCUGAUAGAUUUCUCC